CUUCACUUUCGGCACCGCAACCAGCAGAAUCAGAGGACCUCCAAGUAAACCUCAUGCUGAAUUGAGGGCAGAGUCAUGGUGGUGAAGAAGAAGACAGCCAGAGUAGAGGCUGUGGUUUUGGAGGAGGAGAAACUACACCAGCUGAUAGCAUCCCUGUCUUUGGAUGGAGGAGAGGAUGGAGUCAGGCAGGUUGCCCAGACCCUGCAGUCCUGCUUGGAGCUGACAGAUCCAGUGCAGCAGAUCCAGCUGGUUAAAAAGGCAGGGUCCCAGCUGGAGGCACUGAGUGAAGAGGAGCCUGAUGGAGCUCUUCUGGAUGCCUGUCUACACACCCUGUCUCUGGUCUACACCUCCCUGCAGGCCAAGAACCCCCUACGACGAGCCAUUGCCAGUGCCUUAGGUUCAGUGCCAGCCUGGCUACAAGAACGGACUGUAAACAGUUUGUCUGCCUGCUUGUCUGACUGUCUGUCCAAGGCAACUUCAGAUCAGUAUCCACACAUUGUAGACACCAUCACUGCCUGUCUGGAUGGCUUCAGUCCUGGUGAGAGAUGCAUCAACAAACUGCUGGCUGAAGUGUUGCAGUUCCUUCACAAGGGAUUGAGUGAAUACCUUCACCAGAACAGUGGUCUAGCAGGACGUCACAUUGUCCAGGCCCAGCUGAUGCAGUCCUGCCUGGCUGCGGUAAAGACCUCCAUGCUGGUAAUCCAGAGAUCCCAGGGGAUCAUCAGCACUGCCCUGCAGGCUGAACAGAAUCAUUGCAAGCUGGACGACACACUGAGCAGCCUCCUGGGCUGCUACACACACAUCCUCACUGAUGAGGAAUUCAUCCAGUCAGUGCAGAGUACAGCCGGUAUGGCUGUGGUGUUAUUAAUCAGGUCUGUCAUUGGUUGUGGAGAUGAAGUUGCCUCUGUGGUGUGCAGUUUGCUGCGUAGCUCGGCGCAGGGUUUGGACUCAGCUCCUCAGUGGCUAAAGCAGAGGUGUGAGGGUCUGUGUACCAGUGGGCGCCCACCGGGUGUCUCUCUGUAUUUAUGUCAUGGGGCUCUGGCCAUGUUGAGCUGGAAGGGUGCUCUGCCUGGGCCUCAGUGGGAACAGCUGCUGCUGUUGGUCCCAAACACGCUCCUGGAUCUAGAUGUCAGUAUAAAGGAGUCCAGUACAGCCAUGGUGGUUGCUCGGGUGCUGACCCUGUGGAGUGGUGCUGCCCUGGACUGUCUGCAGGGAGAGAGGCAGCCCUGCCCUCCCCACCUUCAACAGUCCCUCAGUGGAGGCUCAGAGCUACAGCGACACCUGCUGGAGCAUAUCUACUCCCACUGGGAGCACCCACUAGACGGAGUCCGUCACCAAACCCGCUCCCUGUUCCGCAACCUUCUCCUCCUCCAUCAGCACACCAACCUGUCCAUCUCUGACCCAACCAAUGACUCCUACAUCACAGAGCUCACCCAAAGCCUGCUGGGACUUGAGUGGCACAUGCGGGGGAAGUAUGGCUCCUUGGGCUGCCUUGUGGAGCUCUAUGGGGCAAGGUACCUGCUUGGCAUCCAGCCUCAGCUGCCUUCAUGUCUCCUGGGCCUGAUGGGUGACCAGACCUUGGCUCCUUAUGCCAGCGACCUCCUGGAGAGGCUGUUUGUCAGCCACAAGUCACAGCUGGCCAGUGAGGCUGGUGCAGCCACAGAGGACUGGAUGGAGCGUUGGCACCAGACAUGGGUAACCCCCUUGCUACAGGUGCUCUGCCGAGCCAGACUGGAUCAGACCACGUACAUUCUGGACUAUUUCCUGCCUAAGCUGCUCCGCUGCAGCCCCUCCAGUCUGGCGCACAUGGUGCAGGCCCUGCAGGACACACCACCAUGCAGCACAGGUCCUUCAGGCAGCAGGGGGGCGCUGGGAGCUCUCAUGACAUGCCUGCGGGCAGCCAGAGCCCAGGGUGUUGUUCCCUCUUCAAAGGAGGGUCUGUGGGGAGGACUGGUGCCCCUCUCCCUACUCCAACAAGCACUGGUACACAAACAUGAUCAAGUGAGGAUGGAUGCUUUGGGCUUAGUGUGUGAGAGCCACCGCAGCACUGAAGCUCUGACCUCACAGGAAAUGGACCUGAUGCGCCACUUCCUGCCACCUAAUCUCAACAGUCAGUCACCAGGUGUCAGACAGCAGUCAGUCAGCCUGUUGAAAAAGCUGCUCUGUAGAAUGAAGGACAGCACCGUGCUGCUGCAGAAGAGACUGGUCCAGGAGAGAGACCAGGAGCAACGAGACAGAGACCAGCAUACACUACACCUUUACAAGGAGUUCCUGCAUUGGCUGUGUGUGAGGCUGCUGGAGGUUUUGCUUCCUGGAGCUUCCUUCUCUAAAUGCCUUAUGUCCCUCCACCUGCUGUGUCUGCUGGGCGAGCUCUUCACCUACAGCACUGGCCCCGAUGUGUUUGCCCUCGGUGAAGUCGUGACAUCCUCCCAUGCUCAGAAUGUCCUCUACAGUGUUGCCAGCAACUUCCUGGAAGUCAAACAACUGGCGUCAGUGUUACUACAGCAACUCCCACCAUCAGCCGUGGGACUACAGGUGCCAGAGAGGAUGCGCUGUGUCCUUCAGGCUGCUCUGGACCUCAGCACCAGCACCAAGCCUUUUGACAGCGUCACAGCAGCCCACCUCCUCAACCUGCUGCUCCACCAGCCGCACCUGAGCCAGGCUCUGCUGCACUGUGCCCAGGAGCAGGGCCUCGAUUUCCACCUUCCCUCCUCACCCACCCAGGCUUCUGAGACAGUCAUCUUGGAGCGCAACACACUGGCUGUGAUUCAGUUCCUGCUGCACUGUCUGCAGUUGGAGGUGUCGAAGGCAGAGUCAUCUCUCUUGCAGGCGGCUGCUUCCUAUCCUCUCUACGGCAGAGCCCACUGCAUCACUGCUGUCCUGCAGCAUCUAAACACUGAGAGUUUGAGCCAGACUGAGCAGUGGAGGCAUCUGGUGUCAGAGCUGAUCGCUGUGUGCUACCGGAUGUCUGAUGUGGUCUCCCCUGUAGUCCAGAGCUCCUCCCCAGAGGGGCUUAUCCCCAUGGAUACUGAUUCAGAGGCGUCAGCAGGUCUGCAGAGGAUCCUGCAGGAGAUUCAGCCCAGGGACACCAAUGACUUUUUCACAAGUGCCAGAGAGCUGGAAACACACCACGGAGAAGACCACACACAGACCCAGACUGCACACACACCAUCACUGAACACAGGCGGUGAGGGCUACAGGGUGACAGCCCAGAUGGUGCUGGUAUGUUGCUGGCGGAGCAUGAAGGAGGUGGCCAUGCUGCUCGGACAGCUGUGUCAGAGCCUGCCUCUGCACUACACCAAUGACACCCACACACACCCUGGACUCAUCACAGAAGAACAGGUGGAGGGGGUAGGCCUUUACUUCCGUCAGCAGCUCCUGCAGUCCCGUCAUCGUGGCGCCUUUGAACUGGCUUAUGUGGGCUUUGUGCGCCUCACCGACAUGCUGUGCAGGAGUGGAAGUCAGGCCCUGCAGCAGCUUCCGGCCCGCUGGCUGUCUGAGGUUCUGGAGGAGGUUAAAUCCAGUGACCCUUCGUCCAAGCUGUGUGCCACACGACGCAGCGCUGGAAUACCCUUCUACAUCCAGGCUCUGCUCUCCUCUGAGCCCAAGUCGUCCAGUUGCAGUCUGUUGAAAAUGACCGUGAGAGAACUGAUCGCGUUGGCCAUGCCCUCUGCUGACAGGAACACUGACAGCUCCACCGUCCCUCAGGUCCAUGCUCUGAACAUCCUCAGGGCGCUAUACAGGGACACUCGUCUGGGAGAAAACAUCAUCCCCUUCGUAUCAGAUGGGAUGCAGGCUGCUGUACUGGGCUUCACCUCUCCUGUGUGGGCAGUUAGGAACUCCUCCACUCUUCUCUUCAGCACUCUGAUCACAAGGAUCUUUGGCGUGAAGAAGGGGAAGGACGAGCACUCUAAAAAGAACAGGAGUGGAAGUCAGGCCCUGCAGCAGCUUCCGGCCCGCUGGCUGUCUGAGGUUCUGGAGGAGGUUAAAUCCAGUGACCCUUCGUCCAAGCUGUGUGCCACACGACGCAGCGCUGGAAUACCCUUCUACAUCCAGGCUCUGCUCUCCUCUGAGCCCAAGUCGUCCAGUUGCAGUCUGUUGAAAAUGACCGUGAGAGAACUGAUCGCGUUGGCCAUGCCCUCUGCUGACAGGAACACUGACAGCUCCACCGUCCCUCAGGUCCAUGCUCUGAACAUCCUCAGGGCGCUAUACAGGGACACUCGUCUGGGAGAAAACAUCAUCCCCUUCGUAUCAGAUGGGAUGCAGGCUGCUGUACUGGGCUUCACCUCUCCUGUGUGGGCAGUUAGGAACUCCUCCACUCUUCUCUUCAGCACUCUGAUCACAAGGAUCUUUGGCGUGAAGAAGGGGAAGGACGAGCACUCUAAAAAGAACAGGAUGACGGGCCGAGAGUUUUUCACUCGUUUUCCAGCUCUCUAUCCGUUCCUUCUGAACCAGCUGGAGGAGGCUGCAGCGACGGUGGAAAGUGACAGUGGUCAGGUGAAGCUUCACCCCAGUCUCUUCCUGCUGCUGCUGGUGCUCAGUCGACUCUACCCUUCUCCGAUGGAUGGAUCUUCUUCACCUCUGGGACUCGCUCCUUUCAUGCCCUUCAUCAUUAGAUGCGGACGCUCUGCAGUGUAUCGGACCAGAGAAAUGGCAGCUCGGGCCCUCGUCCCCUUUGUGCUGGUCACCCAGAUCCCAUCCACUGUCCACAUGUUACUGCAGGAACUUCCUGUAGAGCCCGGACCCAAAAUCCAACACAACCACAUCCACGGGACUCUGCUGCAGGUGCUGUUUCUGCUGCGCUCUUACCAAACUGACUCACACAGACCCCUGCCAGCAGGAAAUGGCAUCACCGAAGGCCUCCAUCAGCGCAUGUGGCUCGCCUCACGACAAAAUGGCUGUGUGGUGACCAGAGGAGCCUUUCUGGAUGUGCUGGUGUGUCUGUGUGGGCCCAAGAUCAGUCUUCUGGAUGAUUCAGAGGUCAGUGGUCUCCGUCAGGAAGCCAUGUCCACCCUGAUGGCCUCAGACCUCAUCACCACAGACACUUCCUCUACCACCCUGGGGCCCGGCAGCACCCAGUACCUGCUCAGCCUGGCUCGGAUGGCCCUUAGCGCCAGCGUGGAGAUCCCUGAGCUCUGGGGGGGGCUUCAGCUCAUGAGCCACCUCCUGCAGUGUUUGCUGCAGUGUCCACAGUACGAGGUGAGGGAGCUGGCACUGGCGGGGGUCCUGAAGUGGCUGCAGGAGGAGGAGGAUAAGACGAAGAGACCUCAGUGGCUGGACGAGACCACCCUGUCUAACCUGAUCAGCCUGGCUCUUCAAGAGACACACCCCCAGUGUCUGGCCAAGGUCCUCACGGUGUUGUGUGUGUUGAGCUCCAGCAGUGAGCUCGAUUGGAGGGAUGAUGUAAAGACUUUGUCUCAGGAGGAGCUCCUGCUGCACCUUCUUGCUCUGGCUCAGAAUUCUACCCACAGUGUGGAGCUCCACUGUGCUGCCCUGACUCUGGUCUCUCAAUUGGUGGUUCAGCUGGUGAACUCUAACCCUCAGGGAGCGAAUGCAGUGACUUGUUUGGCUCAGUGGGGGGCGCUGGUGUGCUCAUGCUGCAGCGAGGAGCAGCCAGUGGAGGUGAAGCUGAUGGCUGCCAAGGUGUUGGUCAACUGCACAGGAACUGUACUGACCAGCCCCCAUCUGCCAUUGGGUCUGUCCACAACAGUUUCUCUGUGGAGGAGUCUGUUUACGCUGCUGCAGGAUGAAGACCAGGACGUCCGAGAUUCAGCCUCUGACUUCAUCUCCAAUGUACCAGCGCCUCUGCUCAGUACAGAUGUGACAGGUGUGUCCGUGUGUCCUCCAGUGGCCCUGGACUCAGGCGUGGGGCUUCUGUGUCGGCUGUUUGAGCUGUGGGGACAGGUACCAGCAGGUGUCCUCGCUCUGACAGAAUGGCUCCUGGGAGAUGAAGAAGAAGCCAAUGAUGAGGCAGUUGCAGAAGAAGCUUCCAGUCUGGACGAAGAGGAAUUCCUGUUUGAGAAGGGGGAUCUAAACCUGUGGGCCGAGCCGGUCCAGUGGGUAAAGCUGCUUCACAGACACGUCGGGUCCCUCAUCGUGACUUUUAGGCAGACCCAGGCCUCAGGAAUCACAGGGCCGGACCAGGUCCACCAACUCCAUACACUGUCGACUCAGGCCCAAGCCAAGGCACUCGGCUCCCAGCAGGCCCUGGACUCCCUCCCUGCCUUGCCCCAGUUCUCUUUAACUAUGGAGCACGCCCGCCUGGUGCUGCGGCACCAGAGGGCCAGUCUGGCUCUAGAUGUGCUGGAGAGGCUGAGGUAGGAGUUAGCAGUCAUUGGCUCUUUUUUUUUUUUUUUAGGGUAAAUUUGUUCAAAUCAGAGGAAAAGUUAGCAGAAAAAUGCUUCAAUGAACCAAAGCAUGGGACCACAGACUGGCUUUGUGGUCAAAUGUUUUUCAUAUCAAAUCAAGGGAAUGACAGAUACAAUAGGAUUUUUUUUUACUCUGUACAUGUCUCUUACUUUGUCCUACAAAUGUUGAUUACCAAAUGUGUUUUAAUUUUUAUGAUUACUGUUCCUUAAUGUCUUUUAAAUAAAUAUAUCUGAAAUCA